GCACUAUUGCUCUAAACGUUCCUCUACCUUUCCCCCAUGCUCAGAUGAAAUGAAAGCCGUUCUAUUUCUAUUCGCACUCGUCUGCACUCUCUGGCAGUGUGUGCAUGCACAAAUACCUUCCGAACAGGAACAACACGUUACCUCGUUCUUUAACAGCCAUGGAGGCUCGACAUCUCGCCACACAAAUAAUUGGGCGGUUCUAGUCUGUUCUUCCAGAUACUGGUUCAAUUAUCGGCAUAUGGCUAAUGCCCUCGGCAUGUACCGAACAGUGAAACGGCUCGGAAUUCCAGACUCGAAUAUCAUCCUCAUGCUUGCAGAUGACACAGCAUGUAACUCACGUAACAAGUUCCCCGGCUGUGUUUAUGCGAGUGCUGCUCGAGAUCUCGACCUGUAUGGCGACAACAUCGAAGUAGAUUAUCGCGGGUAUGAAGUGACAGUUGAGAAUUUCAUUCGGGUGCUUACUGGACGCAUGGACCCGAGUGUCCCGAGGUCGAAACGUCUAUUGACAGAUGAUCGCUCGAAUGUGUUUGUCUAUAUGACAGGUCAUGGAGGGAACGAGUUCUUGAAGUUCCAGGAUAAUGAAGAGAUCAGUGCAUUCGACAUCGCAGACGCUUUCGAGCAAAUGUGGCAGAAGAAGCGGUAUAAUGAGAUCUUCUUUAUGAUCGAUACAUGUCAGGCAAAUACUAUGUAUUCCAAGUUCUAUUCUCCAAACAUCUUAGCGACAGGAUCGUCAGAACUUGACGAGAAUUCAUAUUCGCACGAGAACGAUCGUGACCUUGGUAUCUCCGUCAUCGAUCGUUUCACGCACCACAUUUUGCGAUUCAUGGAGGGCGUCAACAAAACCAGUCAAGCGACAAUGCAGGACCUAUUCAACGUAUAUGACUACGAGAAGUUCAUGUCCCACGCCGGCGUCCGUUCGGAUCUGUUCAGGCGACCUCUUGACCAAACCUACAUCACGGACUUUUUCGGCGGAGUGUCACAGGCAGAAGUCAUGUCACCUCCAUUGUCUCUGUCUCCCUCUAGCAACGAAGGAUCUGAACCAGAGAAUGUGCCCGAAUCUGAGCUACCUGUCGAGCUCGAUCAGUCGCUAGACUUCACUUCUUGGAUUAGCUCAGACACAAACGCUACGGUGCGUAGCGCAGAUGAGGUAUACGGGUAUGACGGUAUUUUGCACGAACUAAACAGUCGGGCGCAUGCACCAAAGCAAGGAGAGAACAUGCAGAGUGUCAGGGCGUGGGUGUCGACUGGACUUCUAGUUGCUCUUGUAGGAUGGGUUGGGAGUAAUACUACAUAGGUUAAGAGUUUAUUUCCAUAGGCUCACGUAAUUUAUCCUGUGUAUAUGGACUCUACUACAUACUAGUACUAGACAUCAGUUUUGGCACCUAGACACGAACAAGAGAUGGCCUUGUAUAUCCUGAACGUGCACACUUGCCAAAUACAGACGGGAUCGAAGUCGAUCGC